AUGAAAGCCAUACAGAUCAACCAGUAUGUCAAGACUUAUGCCGAGCUGUGCGCCAGGGACGUGCCAGCGCCAACACCAAAGGAGGAUCAAGUACUAGUCACAAUCACCCACAGCGCGCUCAACCACGUCGACCUCCUUUACAGCCGUGGCGCGCACCAGAACAACCACAGCGGCCUGGUCAAGCCCCCAUUCGUCCUGGGCCUUGAGUUCGCGGGGGUUGUUGCAUCGGCACCUCCGACGUGCGGGUUUAUAGCCGGUGAUCGAGUCUGGGGAGCUGGCGUCGGCGGGUUCGCAGAGCAGAUUGCAGUGCCGCCAUCGGCGCUGCAGAGAUUACCCACGGGAUGGACGCUGCGCGAUGCUGCGGGCGUGGGUGCCGCCACUGCGCCCGUGAGCUAUGGGGCCUUGGUCCGGAUCGCGGAGGUUAAGGCCGGGCAGGUCGUGCUGGUCCAUGCCGCGGCUGGGGGACUGGGCGUUGUGGCUGUCCAGAUCGCCCAUGCGCUCGGGGCGAAGGUCAUUGGCACGGUGGGCAGCGAGGAGAAGGCCGAAGUCGUGAGGAAACUGGGGGUUUUGGGCGUGGUAAGAUAUGACGCAGAAGGGUGGGAGAAGGAGGUGCUCAAGCUUACGGACAAUGUUGGAGUCGAUUCCGUGUAUGACACCGUCGGGUUGGUUGAGAAGAGUAUCCGAUGUCUAAGGUUUGGUGGAAAUGUCGUCAUUGCUGGGUUUGCCGGGCUCGGUGGGAAGAUGGAGACGCUCGCCAUGAACAGAGUGCUUCUCAAGGGCGUAAGGUUGUUGGGAUACAGAUACGGCGAAACAGGCAGACGAAAUCCAAAGGAGAAUGAAGAGGUAUGGAGAGGUCUCAAUAAAAUGCUCGAAGGUGGCAAUAUCAAGCCCGUCAUCUACGGGUCAUAUUCUGGCCUAGAAAGCGUUCCAGGGGCUCUGAACGACCUCGCGGCACGGAAAGUCUGGGGGAAGGCCAUUGUGGAGAUCCAGACACCCAUGGCACAGGCCAAGUUAUGA